AUGCCGUGCGGACUUGGAGGAAACAAGACAACCCAGAGGAAGCUGGUUUUAUUAGGAGACGGUGCUUGCGGAAAGACGAGUUUGUUGAAUGUUUUCACAAGAGGCUACUUCCCAACUGUUUACGAACCCACUGUCUUCGAAAACUACGUUCACGAUAUAUUUGUCGACAGUGUACACAUCGAACUCUCCCUUUGGGAUACCGCUGGGCAAGAAGAAUUUGACCGGUUACGGUCCCUUUCCUACGAUGACACGCAUGCGAUCAUGCUCUGCUUUUCUGUCGACUCAAAAGACUCCCUCGAAAACGUCGAAUCUAAAUGGGUUGGGGAAAUCGCGGAAAACUGCCAAGGGGUUAAACUUGUGCUGGUGGCGUUGAAGUGCGAUUUGCGAGAACAAAGUGCAGAUGAGGAAGGAGAAACAGCGGAAGGAGGACAGAAAGAGAAGAAGGAAAUGAUCAAGUACGAACAAGGUCUCGAAGUUGCUCGCAGAAUCGGCGCUUUGCGGUAUUUGGAAUGCUCCGCGAUGCGAAAUCGAGGUGUUAACGAAGCCUUUACAGAGGCGGCAAGAGUCGCUCUGAGUGUAAAGGGAACGGGCGAAAAGGGCGACAGCAAAUGCUGCGUCAUGUAA